AUGACGCAACCGCGUCGCGACCUCAAUCAAUGUACUAAUUCCCCCAACCAGGCUGCUAUCGCCUGGGAGGCCGGCGCUCCUUUGUCCUAUGAGGACAUUGAGGUUGCUCCCCCUAAAGCUGGUGAGGUGCGCAUUCAAGUUCACCACACUGGUGUCUGCCACACCGAUGCCUACACUCUGUCCGGCAAGGAUCCCGAGGGUGCUUUCCCCGUUGUCCUUGGUCACGAGGGUGCUGGUAUCGUCGAGUCCGUCGGCGAGGGUGUGACUUCCGUCAAUGUCGGCGACUACGUCGUCGCUCUCUACACUCCCGAAUGUCGCGAGUGUAAGUUCUGCAAGUCCGGCAAGACCAACCUCUGCGGCAAGAUUCGCGCUACACAGGGUAAGGGUGUCAUGCCUGAUGGCACCUCCCGUUUCCGUGCCCGCGGCAAGGAUCUCCUUCACUUCAUGGGUACCUCCACCUUCUCUCAGUACACCGUUGUGGCCGAUAUCUCAGUUGUGGCUGUCACCCCUAAGAUCCCCACUGAUCGCUCCUGCCUGCUCGGCUGUGGUAUCACCACUGGAUACGGCGCUGCGGUUGUCACUGCCAAGGUUGAGGAGGGAUCUAACGUCGCUGUCUUCGGUGUCGGCUGUGUUGGUCUCUCCGUCCUGCAGGGUGCCGUGAAGAACAAGGCUGGCAAGAUCAUUGCUGUCGAUGUCAACGACGGCAAGGAGGCCUGGGCCCGCAAGUUCGGUGCUACCCACUUCGUUAACCCCACCAAGCUUUCCGGCAAGACCAUCCAAGAACACUUGAUUGAGAUGACUGACGGUGGCUGCGACUACACCUUCGACUGCACUGGUAACGUUGGUGUCAUGCGUGCUGCUCUUGAGGCCUGCCACAAGGGUUGGGGUGAGAGCAUUGUCAUCGGUGUCGCUGCUGCUGGACAGGAGAUUGCCACUCGCCCAUUCCAGCUGGUUACCGGCCGUGUCUGGAAGGGAUGUGCCUUCGGUGGUAUCAAGGGUCGCACACAACUCCCCGGUCUGGUCGACGAUUACCUGAACGGCGAGCUCAAGGUGGACGAGUUCAUCACCCACCGCCAGCCGCUGAGUGCUAUCAACAGCGCCUUCGACCAGAUGAAGGAGGGUGACUGUGUUCGUUGCGUUGUCGACAUGAAAUAG